AAUUAAUUCAUACGACGUGCCGGUUGUUCUCUGGCGAAAAGUAAUAAAAAAAUAAACAGUUGCAAACAAAUAGUUUUUGCAUAUUAAUAGUGAAAAAAAUCCAAAGUUUAAAUUAAGGAAAAAAAAAUCUUAAAAUGUCUAUUAAAGCAACAAAACCCAGACAUAUACUGGAAUUAACUGCCCAGGAAAAACAAAAGUUUUUAGAUUCAUUCGAUACCAUCUUAUCAGAUUGUGAUGGAGUUGUUUGGAUGCUACUUGAGGGUAUACCGAAUGCAGGACAAGCCAUCAAUUUACUUAAAAAUGAAGGGAAAAAAUAUAAAUUUAUCUCUAAUAAUAGUAUGCGUACCGAUGAACAGUAUUUACAGAAAUUUAAAGAAACUGGAGUACAAAAUGUAAACAAGGAAGAUUUAGUUUAUCCCGUUAAAGCCAUUGUUAAGCACAUAAAUCAAAACUUUCCACAACAGCCCUGUUUGGUUUUAGGUUCUAAAGCUUUUAAUUCAACACUCAGGGAAAAUGGUGUCAAUGUUAAAACGGUGGUAACUCCCCCCAACAUUGAACUAGAGGAUCUCCCAGCUCUCAUUAAACCCACCGAUAAAGUGGCCGCUGUCAUUUUUGACAUUCAUGUCAAUAUGACCUUUACCGAAUUGGCAUUGGCUCAACAAUAUCUAAUGCAUAAAGACUGUCAACUUAUUGUGGGAGCUUUCGAUGACAGUAUCCCCAUAUCGAAGAAUUUCUCUACAUUAGGACCUGCCGGUGUAAUCAAAAUCCUAGCUGAAACUUGUCACAAAGAAAUACAAUUAUUUGGUAAACCUGGUCACUUUUUGGGUCAAUAUCUAUUACAACAUUUCCAUAUUAAUCAACCGAAACGCGUUUUAUUUGUCGGUGAUAAUUUGGAUAUGGAUAUUAAAUUUGGUCUCAAUUUGGGUUUUCAAACUUUGUUUGUGUUGAGUGGUGCUCAUUCCAUGGAGGAUAUGUUGGCAAAACCUUUAGAGUCACAGCCAGAUUUCUAUGCUGAUAGUAUGGGAGAUUUUUUGCCAUUUUUCAAUGAUUUAAAGUAAAUAUAUUUAUUGUAUGAAUGUUUCUUUAUGUGUGUGUAAAUAAUUUAGUGAAAAUUAAAUAAAUGUAUGUUUGUAUGUUAUUGUCAAA